GCGGUGGCGGUGGCGGUGGCGGUGCGGAGGGCUUGGCUGGGCUGCCGUGGGCACCAAAUGCGAAUGCUGGCGCGAUGAUUGCGCCUGGGCGUAAGUGUCUAAAACUGUGAGCCGAAAGAGAGAGAGAGGAAGCAAGCUGUACUUUGAUAAAUUGAGUUGUUGACCUGAUGGUUUGAUUUGAUUGAUUGUGGUUCAAGUCGUUUUUAACUAACAAUAAUGUGUGACUUGCAUUGUUUUUCAUGUAGCAACAGCAGUGCCGCUGGCAUUCCAGCCGGCAUACGCGGCGGUGGUGCCGGUAGAGCCCCUUAUGGCAGCAACGGCCUCGGCGGCGGCAGUGCAUAGCAUGGCAGUGGCAUCAGCAGUGCCAAUACCUAACGGAAGCGCAGCAGCGGGCACAGCGGCCUUGCCAAUGACAUCGAUCCCAGUGCACCACGAGUCGGCGUCAUUUCUGGGAGUCUACGACAACGUGCGCGGGUACUACUCGCGGCUGACGCCAAUGAACAAAAUGCAGACGUCGAUUGGGCCGACGAUCUCACCCCACCCGCUGAUCCGCGAGGCCAUCUCCAAGGUGCCCAAGGCUGUGCGCGAGCGGUUCUACGGCUGCGGCAUGCCCCUGCCCACGGGCAUAGAUGGCCUGCGUGUGCUGGACUUGGGCUGCGGCGCCGGCCGCGACUGCUACGUGGCAGCGCGGCUGGUGGGGCGGGCGGGCGAGGUCAUCGGCGUCGACAUGACCGACGAGCAGCUGCGCGUGGCCAGCGAGUUCGUGCCCGAGUACGCGCGCACCCUCGGGUACCAGCCGCACCUGCGGUUCGUCAAGGGGUACAUUGAGUUUCUGAGCCAGCUGCCCGAGCUGCACACCGGGUCCAUCGACCUAUGCAUCUCCAACAACGCCGUCAACCUGUCGCCCAACAAGGAGCUGGUCCUGCGCAGCGUCUUUGAGAUCCUCAAGGAGGGCGGCGAGUUCCAGUUCAGCGACAUCUACGCCGACCGCCGGCUGCCCAACCACGUGCGCACCCACCCUGUGCUUAUGGGCGAGUGCCUCGGCGGCGCGCUCUACACAGAGGACUUCAAGCGGUUGUGUCAGCGCGUCGGCUUCGUUGACGCGCGGCAGGUCAGCCCGCCGGCCAUCGUGCGCAUCGAGGCGCCGGAGCUGCGCGACCUGGUCGGCGCCACGCAGUUCUACAGCAUCACCUUCCGGCUGUUCAAGUUUGCGCGGCCAGCGUCGGUGCUCGAGCCGACACCCGAGGAUUACGGUCAGGUGGCUGUCUACCGCGGCACCAUUGACGGCCAGCGCGCGCGCACGCGCUUCGAUAACCGCUGGGCCUUUGAGGCGAACCGCCCGGUGCUGGUCGACGGCAACACGGCGGUGAUGCUGGGCGAGUCUUGGCUGCGGCGGCAUUUUGAAGUGCGCGGCGACCGGUCGUUGCAUUUUGGAGGGUUCACGGCGAGCCCGCCGGCUGUGCAGUACGAGCCGUGGGAGCUGGAUCAUGAGCUGGAGGAGGAGGAGCCGCAGUCUGGCGAUCGGCUGCCGCGCAGGCGCGGGAUCCUCCCCCUGCCCACGCCGUACUUCAUCAACGGGCUGCGCCAGCAGCAGCAGCAGCAGGACAAGCAGUCGGCCGUGCAGGCGCUGCAUGACCAGCCGCCGUCGCAGGCCGCCUCUCGCCGGGCAUCGCCCAACUACGACGCCGCGAUGCCGCCGCCAACGGAGCAGCAGCAGCGCAACAGCGCCAUGCGCGACCACCAGACGACGUUUCCGCGGCUGUCGUCGUUCUCCAUCAGCCAGAGCAACGUGCGCGCCGAUGGCGCCAUUGCGCGCUCCACGGCACCGGACUUGCACGCCAAGAGCGCCCAGCAGCAGCAGCAGCCGCCGCGCUUUAUCCUGCCGGUCAACCGCCUGUCCUCUUCUGCGUAUAGGCCAGCAGAGUCGGCGCCGCCGCGCUUUGCGUCCCACCAGCAGCAGCAGCCGGGCCUGGCCAAUGGCGUGGCUCUGUCUCCGCAUGCGCAGUCAAUCGGAAGUCCCGUGUCCGCAGGCAUGUCGGCGGGCGCACGGUCGGUGCAUUCAGUGCAGUCGCCGGUGUUCUCCAUGCCGUCCUCUGUGCGGUCGCCUGUGACAGCAUCCAUGGUGUCCGGAUUGUCGGUUUCGGCAUCGCCACGCCAGCAUUCGCCGGCAUCAGUGGCCACCGCUGCGUCAACCAACUGAUAUGGCCUGCUAAUUUGUAUUUAUUUUUCUCUCUCUCAUUAAGCAACUUUUAUAUCAAUUAAUGCGCACGUAUACACACUACAAAAAACAUAAUAGGCCCCGAAAGAGCUUACAACAUUCUUUGUGACACAAAGGCAACGAACGC